ACCACCAAACUCGUCUACUCCAAAGACUGCGCCAGCUUCACACCAACGUGUCGGCGAGGUUCUGGCUGUCGGACUGUCCCCGGACGGCCGAGGCCGUGUCGUUCGCCAACCUGCUGUACCGCGAGCUGUCGGCCGUGCCCUACAUGGCCAAGUUUGUGGUGUUCGCCAAGAUGAACGAGGUGCGUGAGGGCCGCCUGCGAUGCUACUGCAUGACGGACGACAAGAUGGACAAGACCCUGGAGCAGCACGAGAACUUCACAGAGGUGGCCCGCAGCCGAGAUAUCGAGGUGAUGGAGGGCAUGCCGCUGCACCUGGAGUGUUCAGGGAACCUGGUUCCUGUGAGGAAGGCUACCCAGCAGCCUCGCUGCUUCAGCUUCCAGGCCUUCAAAGACAACAGGCUCCCCGUCUCUGUCAAGGUGAGAGACAGCAGUAAGGAGCCGGCUGGUUUCCUCUCCUUCCUGAGAAAGACCACAAAGUAUGAAGACAGCCAGCAUGUUCUCUGCAACCUCAAUGUCACCAUGCCCCCCUGUAUCAAGACGGCGGGAAGUGAGGACCGCAGGCGAACUUUGACCCCUUUGGCCCUGAGGGAGCGAUACAGUGGCCUGACUGAACCAGCCAUGGCAUCAAUGAGCGCCAUGGAAAGGACUGAACUGAAGAUGGCUUUGAUAGCUGAGCAGUUGGGACUGAGCUGGGCUGAGCUGGCCAGAGAGCUGCAGUUCAGCGUGGACGACAUCAACAAGAUACGCGUGGAGAAUCCCAACUCCCUAUUGGAGCAGAGCUCCACCCUUCUCAACCUAUGGGCGACCCGCGAGGGCAAGAGAGCCAAGAUGGAGAGUUUGUACACAGCUCUGAAGAGCAUCGACCGCAUGGACAUCGUCAACAUGCUGGAGGGUCCGGGCCCCCCGCCCAGCGGACGGCAGGAGGCCCGGGAGCCCAGCCGACGCCGGCACAAUGAAAGGGACACCGCCUCCCCGGGCCUGACCAAUGGUCGCGUGGCAACACAUCUAGAAGGUUCUCUCAACAGCCCUGACAAGGACUCAAGACACUCCAGCUUCCGUCUGUGAUAACUGACAUGUGUCUGUGAUAACUGACAUGUGUCUGUGAUAUCUGACAUGUGUCUGUGAUAUCUGACACGUGUCUGUGAUAACUGACACGUGUCUGUGAUAUCUGACAUGUGUCUGUGAUAUCUGACAUGUGUCUGUGAUAUGUAGCAUAGAUUUUCAUAUCAGUGAGUCAUUCUCGUAGUUGAAUAAAGGUUAGAUGAAAAAUGUAUGAAUAAUAGAUAAGUGGCUUCAUUCCUGUCACAUCAAACACCCCUGUGGCUCCAAUUAAGAUCUCUUUAGUUGAAUUAAUCAAGUGAAAUGUUUUGUAAUAAUAAUGCUUUUAAUGUUAAAUUAUGGGAUUUAUUUGGCGUAGUUUCAUGUUCUGUGAUAAGAUAAGUAUGAGCAAUUGACUACAAAACCAAGUCAAUCUUGCACUGUGGUAAAGUUUAAGUACAUAACAACUCCUCAUUAUAAUAUCGGAUGUGUUAGCAUUUCAUGUCUACACAUUACAGUACAGUUACAGCAUAAAUGCAGCGUUGGGUGUAGACGUCAUUCGAGUCGGUGUCCGCAUAGAUGGAGGUUGAUGUGAAAUCCAGUGUGUUUGUGUUGGCUGUGUACCGUGUGGAUAAGUGCUGCGACACCUCCGACAUGCAUCCAGACUGGACCUGCCCUCCGGCCAGUCCUCCUGUUGGUCACCUCAGGCUUUGACACCUUUGUCUCAUGGUUUGUUCCCCAUGCAUAACCUACAUCAGAUUGACUCCAGUCUCACUCUGGGCCUGGACAGUUGUGAACAGCCCUGGUGUGGACUGGUCUGGACUGGUUUGGACUGGUCCGGGCAGGGCAGGGAGAAGGCGGCCCACCCUUGUGAGAACUGGAGCAAUGAGAGGUGAUGUAACGAUGCAUAGACCUGUGGCCAUGAGGGAGACAGCAGAGUCCGAUCACUGCUGCAGUGAAUCUGACACCUGUCUGACCGUCUGUCUGUCUGCUCUCCGCCUGUCUGUCGGACUGUCUGUCUGUCAGACUCCCAAAGGUCUGUCCUUUGAGGCUGAGUGACCAGGUGGUUAUACGCUCUUAGCAGACAAUCCCUGCAGCCAGC